AUGGAAAACUAUAUUGUAAUAUCGUUUAUUGGUGAAGGAUCAUUUGGGAGAGUUUUCAAAGCAAAACAGAAAGAAACUAAUGCUGUACUAGCACUAAAAGUUAUACGAAAGAAAGGCCGAUCAUCGAAAGAUCUUAAAAAUUUAAGACAAGAAUGUGAUAUUCAAAGACAAUUAAAUCAUCCAAAUAUUAUUCGCAUGAUAGAUAGUUUUGAUACUGAAUCCGAACUUGUGGUGGUCACAGAAUAUGCAGAAAAAGAAUUACAUAGUAUACUUGCAAAAGAAGGUUGUCUGAAUGAGGACCAAGCAAAGAAAAUAACAUGGGAUUUGGUUUCAGCACUAUACUAUUUACAUUCUCACAGAGUUCUUCACAGAGAUCUCAAGCCACAAAAUGUACUGUUAGAUAGUACUGGGCGGGCAAAGCUGUGUGACUUUGGACUUGCCCGUAUUAUGACUAAUGCAACUCACAUUCUUACCUCUAUAAAAGGAACACCACUUUAUAUGGCACCUGAAUUAAUUGAUGAGAAACCUUAUGAUCAUCAGGCAGAUUUAUGGUCACUCGGAUGUAUUGUAUAUGAAAUAAUGGCCGGACAACCACCAUUUUGCACUAUGUCUAUUUGGCAGCUAGUCAGGAUGAUAAGACAUAAACCUGUGCAGUGGCCAAGUUUUAUAAGUCCUGAUGCUAGAUCAUUCUUGCAGGGUUUGUUGCACAAAGACCCGGUAAAGCGGAUGACUUGGCCAGAAAUCCUAGAACACCCAUUUGUGAAGGGCCACAUUCUCAUCCUCCCAGAAGAUGUUCAAAGUGACUCGCCAUUCACAAAACCAUUAUCUUAUAGUCAACAGGAAGCAAAGUUUUUGCAAACUGAGAAAAUAAGCAAAUGUACUAAGGCCAAAACUCACGCUCAAACAAAACCAGAAGGCCACGAUCUAAGAAAUAUGCGUGGUGCUCAGGCACUAGAAUGUGUGCCAAUGUCUGAUGAUGACAGCGUACGAGCAACGAGUGCGUUCAGUGUUAGAGACAGUCUCAAAACUGACGAUGAAGACCAGUCUCAACCAAUAACGGCGACCAACGCGAAACUACUGAGGCACGAAUUCCAUGUUAUGAACAAUUCUAACCUCGUCGUGUGUAACUUGGAAAGAAACAUCGCCCAACUCAUGGCGAACAAUGAAAUGAUUGCAGAAGAAAAAGAAACAAAAGACAGAGAAGAGAAAGAAACAAGAGACAGAGAAGAGAUAGAAACAAAAGAGAGAGAUGAAGUUAAAGGGAAAAGUAAAGGAAGCACAGCAUCACAGAGCUUAGAGAAUCCAAAAAGUUCAAAUGUUGACGUUAGCGCGGGUCUCAGUAAAAGUGUGCCUCCGUCGUAUAAGCAGAAGUUAUUACAAUUCUCUAAAGAUAAGCUGAGAUUUGGAAGCGGUGGAAACAGACUGACCAGGAGUAUUAAGAGAUCAUUCCACUUUAGUAGGAGUUUAGACAAAAAUAAGGAAUCCCAACGGAGAACGAGCGAACCAACAAUAGAACAUACAGAUAGAAGCAAAUACUCGAAAGAGGAUAAAGACGAGGAUGUAGAGAAAAAUGAAGUAAUAGAGGAAACGGGGGAUGAUAAGGAUAUCGCUGAUAAUGAUAACAUAAAGCAUGAAGAGAAUCAAGAAGAACUUAAAGAGCCAUCCUCUAUAGAACUGGAAGAAUGGGAGGCAUUUUUGAACUCAAAUAUCACAGAGGUUAUGGAGGGAGACGUCGAAUCAUUGACGCAGUUGAAUAUGGUGAGUAUGGUGGUGGGAGUGGUAGGGAGUGCGGCUAGAGGCAGCAAAGGCGCCAGAGUUUGCGGCGCCGUGGCGGCCUUGCUCGCCUUACCAUCGCUAUCUCACUCUUUGCCCAGACACACAUUGCUCAAUAUACAAGAUGUGUACUUGGAAGCGAAAGUGGUUUACAACUUCAUAGCAGCCAUAAGUACUCUCAUGAAGAAUACCAAUACUGAUGAUGACGAAGAAAGACUUCGUGGUGUAAGUCGAAUGCUAGAAGUAUGUCUAUGGCUCUGCGGUCGCUCGUGUCGCGCAGUUCGCCAACUCGCCACCUCACUUGGGAACGCGCAUACAGUUUAUACUGGACUGCUUACUAUAUCCACAAAAUCUCCACGAAUAGUUCUCAACCUAAUCGGCCUCCUUAUAACGAUACUUCAAGAUUUGCCGGAACACGCGGACAUAGUCGAGCGAAUAUUGUUCGAAGACCGGAGUUUUACCUUCCUAAAGCUUUUGGAACAACAAAAUGACGCUUUAAAAAUAAGAAUAUGUGUUUUAAUUAGCUUAUUGUGUACUUAUUCGUGUACAGCCUUUUCAGCAGCCAUGGAAAAUGAGUGGAGGAAGAGAAAUAGUGAGGUUUUGGAGGAACUCCAUUCCCAUUGUAAUGUUACGUUGAAUAGAGCCGCGAGGUUGGCUAGUAAGGAGUUGUGUAGUAUGCCGUUUUAUGUCAGUUGA